AGAGUAGGAGGAAGGAACCGAGGAAGUAUUGAGGGAGAGGGGGGUAAUUGGUAAAUAAAGUGUUGGUAAAAAUGUGUUGGUGAAUGUAAGUGACGCUGACGGCAGAGACCACUGAAAGUGAAUUUGGAGGGGUUUGUGUGUACUGACUUUUGAGUAUCGAGAAUUGAGAAUUGAGAAUUGAGAAUUGAGAAUUGAGAAUUGAUUGUUUUUCAACUGAACUCAAAUCAACUCUCAAAGUUGAAUAUCACUGAUUCUAGUUUCUACAACUAAUCAACAUAUGAGAAUUGAGAUCAUCCAUCCCUCACCAUUUUUAUUUUGGACUGAUUACUUUUCUCUUCUUAUUCUUUAGGGAUUUGAUUCUCCUCUUCUGAUCAUCUUAGGGUUUUUUUUCCUCCGUUCUACUGUUCAAUCAGGAUAUGCAGCAUGCAAAUUUUAGAGAAAUAAACCGGUGCUUGUUACUUGAGCUUGAGCUUGAAAAUUAUCUGUAUCUGUCAGUUAUGCAGUUCUACGCCAGGGCCUUUAAAUUAUAGUGGUAAUGGAUGUAUCGGAAACAUCACAUAAACCAGCAAAUCAAUUUGAAGAGGCUCUUUGGUCCAGGAAGCAUUACUUAGAUACUGCUAGGGGACACUAUUUAAGCGCACUUGCGGUGCUGAGUGGUAAACAAGAGCAAACAAAAGUUUCACAUACCAGUAAUUCAGCUUUACUUCUAGAACCUAAUGCCUUUUACCCAUCCACAGAAGUAGAGAAAACUUCCACUUCGGGACAACAAACCUUUGCCGAAUUUGAUGUACGAAUUCAAAUGCCUAAUGGUGUCCUCAAGUCAUCCGAGAAAGACUUCCAAGCUAUAAAGCUACAAUCAAAUAAUACUCUUGCUAGAAAUACCAAAUCUCAAAUCACCAAUUUUUUUUGUAAACUUGGGAGUACUUUUAGCAAUGAAAUGAACAUAGAUGAUGCUGCAGAUCUUAAAGCCAUGAUCUCUUCAGAUUCCGAUGAGGCCACAGAGUCACUGCCAAAAACGGUGGUAGAGAAUAGCUCCCUCCACAGAAUGGUAGAGUCUCUUAAAGCUGAGCUUGAACAUUUGAAGAAAGAACAUGCAGAUAUAAAAGGCAUUGAUGCAGGAGUAGAAUUUUCUGCUAAGAAUGUGCAUUUUAGACUCCUAAAAACCAAUCUGGAGGAUCAAGGCUGGCUUUCAGAGAGAGAUAAAACUCUAGAGACUUCUCAAGAAGUAUCUCAGGAUAAAGAUGAGAUAAAUGACUGCACUAAAGGUCUGAAAAGGGAACAUGAAGCUGCAGAAUUUUCUACUCAAGUCGAGAAGAGGCUAAGAACUGUUCUUGAUGUUGAUAAAGCAAAACAAGGUUCUGUGAGACCAUUCGAUCAGGCUCAGAGCUUUCCUGAGGGAAUUUAUCCUGCAUGUGUAUCGUCUGAGUCUAGUGCUAGGAUCAUGAUUUCUGAAGAUGAGCUUGAGUCGUCAAGUCAGCAAGCAGGGAAGGCAUCUAAGUUAGGAAGGGGAUUUUUCACUGCAGCAAUGGGAGGAGUUGAGGUGGGAAAAUGUGAUCACUCCUCUGACUUCUCUAUACGAGACUUUGUCUUUGCUGCUCGGAACAAAGAUAUCAGUCUGAAUUGGCCCUUUUCACAGAAAAAUUUACAACUUUGUCUGAAGCAUGGUGUGAAGGAUGUAUUGCCUCCUUUUCAGCCUAUUGAUUGUCUGAGAGAUAGUCCCACGGAAAGGUGUUUGGCUGAGAAAAUUUUGCACAGUGAAGAGAGUAAUCAUGAUGAGAAGCCGUCUUUGGUAAAAAAGAAUAAUGGACCUGGUACAAUGUUGGAAGUUGAUCAUUCUUGUAACCAGGAGCUUGGGCUUGGUGAAGAUUACAGAGAUUCAGAUUCAUUUCCUAAUGAAAGGGAUAGAAAUUUGGGGUUCAAGAGUGUUGUUUUCACUAAUUCUCAAUCCGAAGUAGAAUCCGUUUCCACGAGCAACCUUCCGAUGUCAGAAGUCUCAGAUGAGCGAGAAGCUGCAGCUUCAGCUACUGCUGCUAACGAUAAGACAAAGAGUUCAGCUUCACAACCAUGCAAUAAGAAGUGCCGAUUGGCGGUGAAGAUACGCGUUAACGGUAAACGCAACACACCUGAAGAUAUUUCUUCUGCUUGUACUGCCCCCCCUGAAGCAAUUUCUUCGAAAUUAUGCCCUGUUUGUGAAAAUUUCUCAUCAUCUUCAAAUACUACGUUGAAUGCGCAUAUUGAUCAAUGUCUCUCCUCGCAGUCUCCACCAACCUGGAUGAAGAGUUCUAAGGUAAUCAAACCUAGAAUAAAGCCAAGAAAGAUGAGACUAAUGACUGAUAUAUGCGCAACUGCUCCUUGCUGCACACUGGAAGAUUUAGAUAGAAGAAAUGGUACUAACUGGGCCACAAAUGUAGACGUCUCAUUGGAGGAUGCUGACAUGCCUUCUGGACGCACACAUCCUGGAGUAUUGUCCAGGCAUAUUAUAAAUAAUGUAGACGAUGAUUCUGUGUAUAUUGAUUCAAGUGGUAGGAAAAUCCGUAUCAUCUCGAAGUUUAGUGAUAUGUCUCCAUCAUCAUGUUCAAAGGCUAGUGAGGCUGUAAGGUCUAAGAAGCAAUCAAGAAAGGGCAAUCUAAGCAAGUUUUUUUCACCAAAUAGAAAAAAACGUCUUGCUAAACAUUUGAAGUAUCUUAAAGUCACCCGCCAAAGGAAACAAUAUUCCUCAUUGAAGGUCAAAGGUCACCGGACUGAAAUGUGCAGGACUGAAGAAUCUAUGCAUAUAGUGGGAGACUGGCAUAUAAAGCAGCAACAACCAGCUUCAUUUGGCAAGGGACACAAAGCUCAAAAGCAGAAUCAUCCUGGUUUUGACACUAGUCAACAGUCUGAUGUUAUCAUUGACCACCUUAAAAACAGCAGAUUUAGUGACUCUUUUGGCACAGGUAGCUUAGUCCUUAUGAGGCAAAAGCAAACAUUGGAUCACAAUGUGGACACGUGUAAAGAUUCCCACAGAAAUGAUGUUGCUGAUGACACUUGUGGUAAUGAUGGUUCCAUUAAAGAUCUUCAUAAUGUUGGGGAUUUGAUUGAUCCUGUUUCAUCCUCCUGCUUGGCUAUUGAAGUCAAUGAGAUAAGUAUGAGGACGACUGUGGAUCCUGAGCUUGCAACUGUUGCUGAUGUGUCUCUGCUACAAUGUUCAGACAAAUUUCAGGGUCUUUUAUGCAGGGUUGGAGCUACGGGUAAUUUAAGUCCACCUGGUCAGAGUGAUGAACGGGAAAUGUUUUAUGGAAAUAUAGCUGAUACUGAAAGUUUGGAGCUGAAAACAGGCGAUUACAUUCUGAAUUUUGGGCUAGCAAGUUCCUUUCCUGAAGUUGAUCCUAUACCCAUUCCAGGACCACCAGGAUCAGAUUUGCCUAGCUUCAGCGAUAUGGACUCUGAAGAUCUUAAUAGUUCACCAAGUAGAAGCUUGGCACAACCAUCUGGGGAUGGUGAUCAUUUGGAUGAUGAAACUCUAUCAGAGUCCCCAUUAUUUGCCUCAUCAACUGUCUCAAACUUGGGAAAAAUAGAUAAUUUUACUUCGAACGAACAAGAGUCCCUGAGUGCUUCUUUUUCAGUCCGCAAUGAUGUUUAUGCAGGAUGGUUUGGUGCCAGCUCUGGAAAAUUGUCGGGGAAUAAAGCAUUAUGUUCACCUUUUACUGCUGCUCAAAGUGAAAGGGUUACUAUUUUUGGAGGUAGUUCAGAAAGAGGGAUGAUUGAUCUAGGUGAAGGCUCUGCCAUGCUUAAUCGUGAUAACCAGCAAUGCUGUUGUUCCUGUGAAGAAGGACUUACUUGGAUGAAUUCUCUGAAAUCGCAAGUCCAAUGGGAGAGACCAACAUCUUCAAAGAGCUUACGUGGAGGAGAGUGUACAAAUUUCAUCUUGGAUGGACAGUCAAAUGAUCUGAACAAAGAAAUAAGGGUGUUUUCUUCCAGCGGCUACCAUAGGAAAGAGUCUUCUCUGGAAACCUCUGCAGAAGCAGUUGAUCCGUUUUCGAGGGCUAGUGAUUAUGAUUCUGCAUGUCCUUCGGCCCCCAUUCUCCGGUUGAUGGGUAAAGAUCUGAUGGUGAAUAAUAGGGUGGACUCUGAUAACUCAAGGUCUCCAAGUGUUGUAAAUGCGGGUAUGAAUAGACUGGGCGUCCUGACACAGAAAUUUCUUCCCAGAUAAGAAGUCAGGGAAUGCCUUGUUUGAACAUUAAUUAGUGAGUGGCUCUACGGUGACGUUGUUUCGGAAUUUGCCUUAAAAGUAUAACCACAAUUGUCUUGAUGCAUAUUACAAGAGAUGAUCAAAGAGAACGUUUAGAGACUUUAGUUUUAAUGUAUAAACUUGUUUACAUUGUUUUGGUGUUUGAUUUGUUCUACUUAAAAGUUCAUUUUGGAUCAAAAGGCUUUUCAAGGUUCCUCACCUAUAUAUUCUAUAUCAGUAUUUGUAUUAUUUUCACUUGCAAAUAGUAUCUCGUUAAUUUG